CUAUGACGUAGUACGAUGACGUCACACUGCUUUCUGCAGUACAUAAACAUGAGAUGGCGACCAUACUAUUCGUUGAACGUCUUAGUUUCUGAAAUAACGUCGAGUUGUAUAAUAUGUCCUACGCCUCAGUUGCUGCUCGUGAUGCUCCUCCCCCGUCUGAGCAGCCUCAUCCAGAUCCUGCCCUCCUCACAACCAAACAAUCCACUCCAAGUAACGUUAUCGACGACACUUCCAAAGUUAAUGUAGUUUCCAGAGAUUUUAAAGAGAACCCUGCGACAUACACAUCCGAAACAUAUGUUCCAGAAGAUACUGAGGGUGAUCUCAUCGACCCGGGUAGGACACCCGGAAAAGGCAAACGCAGCAAGCGCCUUCAGGAGGUUCAAGCGGAAGGCACCUAUUUGUGGGAGGUCGCAAAGCAAUACUUGUUACGUCCAGGUGUUGCUGGUGGUCUUGUUGGCCUGGUAAAUAUCGGUCUUUUGUCCAGCGUGGGCUACGUGUUCUAUACCAAACCUGAGCUUCAGCGGAAUUUCACUGCCAUCAGUUCGGCAGCGGCAGGAGCUGUACUGUUGAUCGGGACUGAAGGCUGCGCAGCAGAGAAGUAUCGAAAGACCCCUAGAGGCCGCCAGGAAGAACGACGUGCACGUGAGGAGGGCACUCUCAUUUACAAACAGUUGCGCGAACACGUCUUUCGUCCGGGUGUUUUAGGUGGUUUGGUCGGACUAGCAAAUACAGCGAUUAUUGGAGCAGUGGGGUAUUACAGCUACGCAAAUUGGCACAAACCCAAAUGGAACCGGGAUGUCGUCACCGCUGUUUCAUUGAGCCUGCUCACGCUUUGGGGUGGCGAAGGAUAUCUUGCGGAACACUAUCGUGCGGAACAGCGCAGGCAGUGAUUACAAUAGGCCGUUACUGGAUUUUGGAAGAGAGCACUUGUACACUAUGUCAGCUUAAUUCGAUGAUAAUCUUUUACUGAGCAACGAGUCAGUGUGCUCGCA